CGUACGUUCUGCCUUGGUGCCCCGUAGGUCGGCAGCUCCCUGCGCAGGGCGCAUGUGCACUAGGGGCACCACGUGGGCAGGCUUCCUAGGGCGCGGGAGAGCUGCUGGGCUCCAACUUCCAGAGUCUAGUGGAUCUGUGAGGAUUUCAGCCUCCAUUCUUCAAGAAAAAGCUUCCACACGCCGUCAGUGCCUUGCUAGUGUGCCAUACGCCGUGAGAUAUCUCUUCUCUUUGUGUGUGACUGAGUGUUUCCCUUGUGUGUGAAUUUAUUCAGCAAAAUCUUGAGCUUCAUAAUGGAUACCAUGAGUGAAGAGAAAAAUAGACUCAGAGCACGGAGUUUUCAACACUGAAUCGAUGGAUAAAUACUUAUGUACUGAGAACGAUAAGCUUACUUUAGUAAGCUUUCAAAUUUCUAAGGAAAUUGCUGCUGCUGGGAAAUGCUUCACAGAAGGCGAGUUUUUUAAAAAGUGUAUGAUGAUUGCUGUAUCUGAGUUAUGUCCAGAAAAGAGGGGAAUAUUUGAGAAUGUCAGUCUAUCACACAUGACUGUACAGAGAAGAAUAGCUGACAUUUCUACCAAUCUAAGUGAUCAGUUAAAGCAGAGAGUCAGUGAAUUCUGCUAUUACUCCCUAGCUAUGGAGGAAAGCACCGAUUUAAAAGACACCGCCCGACUUCUUAUUUUUAUUAGAGGUAUAGAUAAAAACUUUGAAAUUACUGAAGAAUUUGUUGGCAUGUGCUCCAUGACAGGUCACACAACCGGAAAAGAAAUCUCCAAUGAAGUGAUAAAGUGCAUGAAUGAUAAGUUGGGAUUAGAUUUCACAAACUUGGUGGCCAUUUGUACUGAUGGUGCUCCAGCUAUGUGCGGAAAAAAUGUUGGAGCAGUUACUCUUCUUGAAGAAUUUAUUGGGAGACAAAUAAUCAAACAUCAUUGCAUUAUACAUCAGCCGGUUUUGUGUAGCAAAGUCUUAAAAUUUGAGCAUGUAAUGUCAGUGGUGGUUUCCAUUGUAAACUACAUCCGUUCUAGAGGACUAAAACAUAGGACAUUUCAAGCCUUUCUUGAAGGGGUAGAUGCCGAGUGCAGCGACUUGAUCUACCAUACAGAAGUGAGGUGGUUGAGUCGAGGAAGAGUGCUCCGCCAUUUCGUUGCUUUGAAAGAGGAGGUAGCAAAAUUCCUAGAAAAUGGACCAAUAAAAUUCCCAGAGCUUGAAAAUGAGUCCUGGAAUCAAGAUCUCUUUUUCUUUUGUGAUAUCACAGCACACCUCAAUUAUCUCAACAUUAAACUUCAGGACAAAAAUCAACUUAUAUUUCAAAUGUGUGCAGCAGUGAAAGCUUUCAAAAUGAAAUUGAAACUUUUCAGAAGUCAGCUGUCAAAAGGUGAAAUGUAUCACUUUCCCACUUGUGCACAGCAUAUCCCUCAGCACAAACACGCUGAGUUAGGAGAAAAAUAUGCAAAGCACAUCAAUCUUUUGAUUGAAGAAUUUGACAGAAGACUUACUUUGUCUAAAGAAGAAGACGUCCAGUUGAAGCUGAUUGAAGAUCCCUUUUCUGUGGAUCCAGAGGAUGUGCCACUAGAUUUGCAGCUGGAGGUUACUGAACUUCAGUGUUCGGCAGUUUACCGAAAUAAGCACAGAGCAAGCAGCCUGUGGGACUUCUACAAAAGUCUGGACAAUGAAAAAUACAAGAAUCUCAUUGAAGUUGCACUGAAAAUGUUCAGCAUUUUUGGAAGCACUUAUAUAUGUGAACAAGCAUUUUCCAUCAUGAACAAAAUCAAGCAACAUUCUUCUCUGACUGACAACCAUUUGGAAGACAUUAUGAAAAUUUCCACUUCAGAUAUGACCCCUGAAUACAACAAGCUUGUUGCAGAAAAGAGAUAUACUAUCUCUCAUUAAAUUUGCAAGGUAAUUAUGAAAAGUACAAAUGUUUUCUUUCAACA